UUAAUGUUUGUAAACAUAUCAAUAGAUGGGGCUACGCAGUUUACUUUUAACCUAUAAAUUGCUGUUUUCUCUUUGUUCUAAUAUUAUUAAGUAAAAGAAAGUAUUAAAAAUGGAACAAGAACAUAAAGAUAUUUUAAGAAAAAAUCACACUUCACUUAUGAAGAUGAAUUUUAAUGCAAUGUAUCCUAAAUUAGUUGAAAAUAAAGUUUUUACUCGCGAAUUAGUUGAUUAUUACAAAGGACUUGGAGGUGAGGAUGGAAAACGACAACUUUUAUUUGCUUUAGAUGGUCGUGGACCAAACGCUUUUAAGCGUUUCAUAAGUUGCUUGAGACAAACUAAUCAAUAUGAUUUGGUGAAUAAAUUAUCUGGAAUUCGUGAUACAACUGUUUAUAAUAAUACAAUUCCAUUACAUGAACCUGUUAUAAAUACUGAACCAGAACACAUUGAAAUAAAAGUCCACAUUGCCAACGAGUUUAAAGAUGAUUUUUCUUCUGAUUUAAAGCCUUAUACAAUGCGAAAUCAGUUUCGUGGUGCUGUAUUAAUAAUAAACAACACAAAUUUUAGUAAUAAAAAAGAAAGACGUGGUGCUGAAAUCGAUCAACAAAAACUUGUUCAAUUGUUUACUCAAAUGGGAGGUUAUAAUCUUGUGGAAUUAAAAAAUCUCACAAAUAAGGAAUUAACCGAAAGUAUUCAAAAUUUUGUAACAAAUCCAAUUCUAAAAUCGGCAAAUGUUUGUUUCUUAUUUAUUAUGAGUCAUGGAUUAGAAAUGCACAAUGAAUCUUAUGUUGAAUGUGUUAAUGGCGUUUCUGUGUCUACCACUUGGAUAGAAAAUCAAUUUUAUCGAGAUAAUUGUCCUUAUAUGCAGAAUAAACCGAAAAUUAUUGUUUAUCAAAUUUGCAGAGGUUUACGUGAAGAUAACGUUGUUAAACUUAUGGAUAACUUAGAAAUUAAUGAAAAACAAACUGAAAUUGAUGGAACGGCAAAUGUUCCAGUUCGAAAUCAUUCCGAUAUGUUAGUUUGCCAUUCAACAACAAAAGGUUAUACUUCUCAUCGUCACACUGCAAAAGGUUCUUGGUAUAUUCAAUCGAUUUGUAAAGUUUUUAUGUUGCAUGCUUGGGAGUAUGAUGUAGAAAGAUUAUUGCACAUGGUUGAUAAAGAACUGAGUAUGUGGCAAUCGGAAGUGAAUAGAACAAUGCAAACGACUGGAUUUUAUAAUUCCGGGUUUAGAUUGUGUUAUUUAAAUCCUGGGAUUUAUGAACAUAAUGGGCAUAUGCACAGAUUCGAUCAAACUUAAUCUUUUUUUAUAUUUUAAAUUUAUAUUUUAUUCUUUUUUAUAUUCCUUUUAUACUCU